UUCCCCUUAUUUUGUUUACUAAUAUUUAUUUGACCAUUUAAGAUUUAGUUUCACUAAACCGGCCUUUAAUCUGGCGUUUAUUUGUUUGUGUUUACGUUCUUAGUCAUGUUUAUCAGUUCCAGAAUUGUAACGUGCUACUGAUUUCAACCAUAGUUUAUACCAAGAUGGAAAAAUUAAGGUUUAUCUUUCAUAUAGGGUCUUGUCGAUUAUGAAGAUGACGAGGAUCCAGGAUCUAGAGAUGGUGAAAAGUCCAUUUCUGAGGAGAGAAAAGCUGAUGGGCCAGAUUUGGAAUCAAACAUGAAUCCUUCCAAUGAUGAGAAUGACUCAACAUCUCGUGAUAAGAAAGACAUUAUAGCUACAGAAGGUGAUAAGAAAGUAUACAAUUCUGAUGACAGGAAUGUAGAAGAGAAAAAUAGUCAAUGUGAAAAAUCCGAUGCUUCUAAAAAGCAUCAAAAUGAUACUUUUGAUAGCAAAAUAAGUAGCAGAAAUGAUAAGGUGCCAUAUAAAAAUCGUUCUUCUCACAAAUCUUCCAGAAGAUCCCGAAGUAGAUCCCAUGAGGAUGACCGUCAUAGGAGGAAGGAUGAUCAGCGUGAUUAUCGUAGAUCAUAUCGCUCUAAUGAUAAGCAUUAUCGUGAUACAAGGAAAGAAGAAUCCAGAGAUUUCUCUAGAUCGGAUCGUGACAGAAGGAAAAGUGAUAGAGAACAUGAAGACUCUAAAAACCGAUAUAGUCGUGAUUCAAAAAGUUCAAGUGGACGAAGAAUUAAUCACCGUGAUUACAAAGACCACCAUUCUAGUGAUAAUCGAAGCUUCAGAGAAUCCAGAGAUAUAUCUCGUUUAAAUUCUUCCGAUUUCUUAUCAAAAGAGGCUCACACAAAAAGGCAUGAAAAUCACUCUAAGGAGGGUUCAUCUGCUAAGUUCUAUGAUGAUGAUGAAGCUCGUAGGGAAGAAAAUUCGAAAAAGUCAAGUUCAAUUCAUCCAUUACCUUCAGUUAGCGGUGAUUUUGUUGAUGGGUUAGUCAACAAAGACAAAGCUUCAGAUACUAGCUACUCCUCUCCAUCAUCAACUUUCCCUGCAUCUCAACCUUCGUUAUCAUCAUCUUCGUUAACAGCAUCAACAACUUCAGCAAAUGUACCUAGGUAUUAUAAACAAGCAACUUUCAAUGCAACUAAAUAUGCGAUUCAAGAAGAGAAGAAAAAACUUCUAUGGAGCUCAACCAAAAAAGAUGAUUCUCAGUCAAAGGAAACUCCAAAAGUAUGGCAUGGACUUCAGUUCUCAGGAGCUCAGGGUCAACAAAUGACUGAAAAGUUUCUCAAAUUGAUGGGCAGUAAAACUACUACUGCUCCCGAUAAAAUUGAAGAUCAAGAUUCAAUGGUUAAAUAUCAAGAAAAUUUAUUUAAAGAUUUGGACAAGCAAUACUCUUUAGCGCGAAUGUCGACCCAUACCCAUCGAGGUAUAGGACUUGGCUUUUCGUCUCAUCCCUCACCAAAAUGAUUGCGUUUUGUUCGCUUUUCUUUCAAAAUUAAGCAAAGCGAGCUACUAUUUCAUAAUACAAAAGUACUGUAGUACAUUAUUUUGUACAUUAGUCGUAAUCUCUUUCGUUCUUUCUGUAUUUUGUAUCAAUGUUUCGUUGAUCUGUCCGUAUUUAACGUUAAUUUUAUGAUUACCUCAGUUUUCAAAAGUUUGCUUUAUUGAAUAACUUGCUA